AUAUGUUGAGGAAAAGAUAUUGGGAAAAUGAUCAUGUUAGGAUUUCUGAUGAAACUGAUAUAUGGAAAAGGAUUCGAUAUAGUGAAGAAAGCAAUGAAGGAGUUCGGGAUCAUAAAUGUUAUGCAACAUCCGAAGAAGUAUUACUUAAACUUUUAAAUCGAAUUAGAUUAAAUGAAGACAUGGUUUCUUCGGAUUAUCAAGGAGAGGAACAUCCAUCAAUAAACAUUCUUUUAUGCAAAACACGAGAAAAACCUAUUUGUAUAGCAUGUUUUGAUUUACUUUAUCAAGCUGACACGAUUGAAUGUUUAUGGCCGAUAAUUGAGGGAUUUAAUUCACAUAAUUUUCAAGUUAAAACUUUUAACUUGUCGGUUUCGUUACCCUCUGGACAUUCAAGACAGAAUAUCAUCGCGGCUUUAGAGAAAGCCCCAGAUUCUGAUUUCAUAAGCAUUGGAAAUUGUCCACCAUUGGAAGUUAAAGAAAGAUGGAAAAAUCAUCCACCGAUAUUAGAGCAUUCAGCUAUAUACGUUGGAGGUAAUUAUAUUAAAUUAUCGAGAAAUGUAAGUCAAUCACCUUGGAUUAUUAAUGGGGAGAGGUUAGCUGAGACUUCUGUAUCUGAAUGUAUUGGCGAAAUUUUAAGGGAAAAGUUUAAAUGUGAUGAUUAUAAUUUUGUAGCAGCUGGUAGAGAAGAUUCUAAUGUUAGAAUGUUAGGUAAUGGUAGACCAUUUUAUUUUGAAAUAAUGAAUCCAAGAAGACCUUUUCUUUCCCAGCAAGAAUUAGAUGUAGCACAGCAGGAAAUUAAUGACACCAAGAAAGAUUUGAUUCAAAUAAAUCAAUUGACAAUGAUUACCGAAAAAGAUCUAUCUAUAAUCAAGGAAGGAGAAGAAACCAAGAGAAAAACCUAUAGUGCUCUUGUAUGGAUUUCAAAGAUUGUCACUCCCGACAUCAUUGAUAAACUUAACCAAUAUCAAGAUAAGGUAUUCACAAUAGAGCAACAAACUCCUAUUAGAGUUCUUCAAAGACGGGCACAAAUGGUUCGAUCAAAAAUAAUUUAUUCAAUGAAGGCAGAACCACUGGAAAAUCAUUUUUUAACUUUACAGCUUCGAACGGAAGCUGGGACAUAUAUUAAAGAAUUUAUUCAUGGGGAUUUAGGUAGGACCAAACCAAAUUUAGGAGAUUUACUUGACUGUUAUGCCGAUAUUAUGGCUUUAGAUGUGUUAGAAGUUGAUUUAGAAUGGCCUCCAAAAUAA